GGGGCCAUGGGGCCCAGGUAGUCCUAGAACCCCAGGUCAUGGGUGAACAAGUCUACCACGGAGCCCAACCAUGCUCUGGCACCAACCUCAGGAGAUGCCAAGAUUUAGGAGAUUCAAUUCUGCUGAUUCUGGGCAGCUUCAUCUUGCUCAACGUGGGAAUCAAUGUGGUGACUCUGCUCUGGAAGCAUCUGAAGAACUCACUGCGGAUUCUUUUCCAUCACUUUUUCCCCAAAGACAAACUAGCCGCUGGUCUGAGCAGCCGCCCCAUGUACAUGCGCUGCAUCACGGACCCCAAGAACCUGUGCUCAAGGAUGCCUUCCCGAUUUCACGGCCCCGGUUUCCUCCUGGGGCGUCUCAGUCACUUGGACUCUUGGAUACCAGACACAAAUGAUGAGAACGUUUCUAGGUGCUGCUGGAUGCCACCCCAGUGUGGACAUGGCAGAGCUCCUACAGAAGAUCCGUGGGAACUGUGGAAAGAGGAACUGAUGGGAGCUGGGGAAGCCCCUCAGGCCACAGUCAUGAAGACUCAGGCGUCUUUGUUUUUCAGGUCAGAGGUUUCUCCCCAGAUUCCAAAGAUAUGCCAGCUGAACACGAGCAUACUUCCUCCUUCCUCACCCCAGGAGAACAAGACCAAGUCAGAUGACAGCCCACCCCACACUCUGGCCCAGACUCAGCCUUCAGAACGCACUCAGUUAAGGGCACAGGGCCUUGAAUAUACCUCAGCCCAGACCCCACCAGCCCACGCGCCAGAUUUUACCUCAGCUCCUAUCCCAGCCCUCAGUGGAAGCCCAAUACCAGCCAAGGCUUUACCCCCAGCCCCCACCCUGUCCUAUCCCCCAGUCCAGGCCCCAACCCAUAGUAAAACCCAUACCUUCGAUGAGGCCCAGUCCCAGAGCCUGCCCCCUAUCACACUCCAGGGGCCAGCCCACAACCCUGAACAAACCUCAGCCCACACAUCACCUCAACUCCCAAUCCAGGCUCCUGCUGAUGCUUCCUUCCAAUCCCAAGGCCAUGACCCAGUCCAAAUUCUAGUACACACCUUGACCCACCCCCACGCUGAAGGACCUGAGCAAACAUCUCCAGCCUCAGCACAUGGGCCAUCUCAUUCCCUACUUCCCUCGUGUGCCCAUACCCCAGGGCCUAGCCCAACCUCUGCCCCAGCCCCUUGUAGUCUGGCCCCUGUCCCAGCCUGUGCCCCAGAUCCUGCUCUAGCGCUGUCUAUGACCAUGAAGACUACCCAAGCCUCUGCUCAAGUCCCUGUCACCACCUCUACCCCUACCCUACCUCCCGUUCCUUCUAUGCUGACUUCCUUUUACCCCCACCUCUCCACUGGCCAUACGGUUUAUGAUGCUCGCCGAGUAAAGCAGAACGUCUCCUGUAAGUACAGCUCCCAAAGCUCGAGGUGUUUCAGGAAGGACUUGAACAUCUCCAGGCCCCACGAAGUGAAGGGUCUGGUAAAUUCUGGCACUGCUGAACAAGCACAAAAGCAGCAUGGGGAAGACAGUGCUGAGCCUCCCACCGGCUCUAUACUUGGUUACAUGGAGUUGGGGAACAUGGAAUGGAAAAUCUCAGAUAAUGCCAAAGAUAAGUUCUCCCAGCCCAAGACCUUCCCUUUCUGCAGCUUUCAUCCUUGCUGUUCUGAGAGCCAAGACGGAGACUCCCAGGCGCCAGUCUAUCCCAAGUUCCUGGUCUACACACAGGAUGUCACUCCUAAGCCUUGUUUUCAUUCUCCAAGCACUGCUCAGUACAAACUGCCCCCCACACCCUCACCGUGUACUCUUGCUCUGCCCCUUGUUUCUCCCAGAACGUUUGUGCUUCCUCAAUCUUCCCUUAAGAAGCCCCCCAACCUAGCGCAAACCCCAGCCUUUCUCUCAGCAUCCAAGUCUCCUCAGGCUGCUCACUUCUCUAUCCCUCCUCAGUUCUCCACUAUUUCUCAAACCUUAGUCCAACCCCUAAACCCUGAGAAUCAAAACUUUAACCAAGACUUUGGCCUUCAAACAACCCCAACCCUUGUCAAUGAUUCUGGAGUUCCCAGGAACUCAAGUCUUACCCAAGAUCCAGGACUCCAGAAGAAUCCAAGCCUUAACAAAGAUCCAGGACUUCAGAAGAACCCAAGCCUUAACAAAGAUCCAGGACUCCAGAAGAACCCAAAACACCAGAAGAACUCAGGCCUUGCCUCAAAUCCAGGAAUCCAGAAGAACCCAGAUCUUGCCCCAAAUUCAGGACUCCAGAAGAACCCAGGCCUUUUCCCAAAUCCAGGAAUCCAGAAGAACCCAGCUUUUGCCCAAAAUCCGGAACACCAGAAGAACCCAAGCCUUGCCCCAAAUCCAUGCCUCCACAAGAACUCAGGUUACUAUAAGCUUCCAGGCUGUGUUCAAGAGUCUUACCUCUGCAUGAAUCCAAGCAGUUCCCAAGACGCUUGCCUUCAAAAGAAUCUAGCUAUCACUCAAGAUUUCGGCCUAAGGAGUUCAGAUGCUGGUGUUCUUAGGAACUUAGGUUUCCUGCAGCCUUACAGCCUCCACAGGAAUAUAAUAUUCAAUCAAACAUCUGCUCCAAGGACUUUGAGUUUUAUGCAAGACUCUGUCAUCUACAGAAAUGUUGCGUUAAACCAAGACACUGUAAUCAACAAAAAUAAAGGUGUCUCCCUAGUAACUGACCAAAAGAGGCCAGACCCCCUUCAAGAUUCUGGAGGUAACAAUGGUUUAGGAAAUGUACAACAUCCAGGAGUCUGCAGGAAUGUAAACCUGACUCAAGACACUAGACCACAGAAGAUUCCGAGCCAUACCCAAGACCCUGAAAUUAAUAUAAACUCUGGACUUACCCAAGAAUCUAGUUCCCCCAAGAGCCCAGGUCUUGUCCAAACCUCUUGCCUCCAUAAGAGCUCAGGUCUCACACAAGACUCAGGAGACAAUAAGAAUUUAAGCCUUACCCAGGCUCCUGGAAUCUACAGAGUCCCAGCUCUAAACCAAGACACUGGCUCCCCCAACAGUCUUGGCCUAAUCAAUGUCACCACAGCAGAAAAACGAUCAGACCUUAACCAAGAUGUUGGCAUUUACAGUUCAGAAUACGGCCAAGAUCCUAACCUUCAGGAGUACCCAGCAAUUGAUCAAGAUUCUGGCUGUCAGCAGGACCCAGCACUUGGCCGAGGCUCUGGCUUCAAGACUCCAGGCCUUACCCAGAAAGCUGGCCUCUGUAAGGACUCAGGCCUUAUCCCAGACUCUGGCCUCAACAAAAAAACAAGCUUUGCUCCAGGUACUGAUUCUGCCCAAGUCUUGGGCCCAUUUCAAACACUAAAACUGACAUCUUCCCCAGUGGAAUCCCUUGAAGGUAAGGUGACUUCUCAGAAGAACAUUACAGAGCAGCAUGUGUCCUGCACUUCUGUCCCAGUCAACCAAAGCUCCUGCCCUUCCAAGGACCAAAUGCUCUCCCCUGACCUGAAAACUUUUUCAGAGGUCCCUGUCCUGAUUGAGCUACAGCCUCCCUCCCGACGGCUAGACAGCCAAGACUGGGUAUACCACACCGUAGACACAGCUGUUUCGACCUGUCGGAAGUAUCGCCAGAUGUCUGUACCUCCCCAAUUCGGCCAGAAGUCCCAUUGCCCUGGACCAGGCACCCGGACAGGUCACGUGGUCUUUGAUGCCCGCCAGAAACAGUUAGUAACUAGCAGGGAAAAGUGCGAAGCUCUGUCUCCCAGGCGCCCUCGUCCAGAAGCACCCCAAAACUCAAGGCAACCCAGAAGGAAUGGGGAUAUCAAAAUGUGA